UCUAACUGUGUGCUUCAACUUCAAAGAUGACCACAGAGGUAAUGAUAAAUGUAGAACUCCAUUACCAGGUAGAGCAAACUGUGGUAUUUGCUGAAUCUUCAGCAAGAAUCUAAAGAGAGACCAAAGUUGAGAUGUUAGAAGUGUUUACUGUUGUACAUUGGUAAUUUCAUGUGGUAGAUAUUCAUAGUCUACAAAAGAAGGAUCCAGCUGGCAUUACGUCUGGCAACUUGCAAUGUUCAAGUGUGAUGGUGCUUGAAGAAAUGACUGGAGCAAAGAUUCUUGGUGCUGUUGCAGGAGCGAUUGCGGUUGGAUUUGCCUGUGACCAUAUUUUUGCCGACAAAAAGAUUUUUGGAGGUACUACUCCAUCUACGGUUUCAAACAAGGAAUGGUGGGAAGAGACCGACAAGAAGUUCCAGGCAUGGCCGCGUACUGCUGGACCACCCGUGGUCAUGAACCCCAUCAGUCGUCAAAAUUUCAUAGUCAAGUCCCGUGCUGAUUCCUGAACAUAUCAAGUCCUGUGAUUGAACUACAACCGUCAGAUGUUGAUCAAUGUUAAUUCAAAUAUUUUCUUUGUUUCUACCCAUGAGUAAACACAGUAUUAUGGGAGUAAUUUUGUGCUGCAACUUCAAGUCAAAACUUGGGAAUGAUUAGAGGUGCAACUUUUAGUACUUUACCAGACUUUUUAUGAAUAAAAAUUUCAGUUAAUUGUUGAAUUCUUUCUGGU